GUUUGUAAUAGAUGCCAAUCAUUCAUGUAACCGCCCUCUCAUAAUGCAGCAUGGGCGAAAAUAUCAGACCGAGACGAAAAAACUGAGGAGCGGUCUGCUCUAUCAUCAAGGCUUUUGAGCGAUACCAAGUGAUGUUUCAACAAUGCCGAUUGUGGAUAAACUCAAGGAGGCGUUAAAACCUGGUCGAAAGGAGUCCGGCGAUGACAGCGACCUCAACAAACUGCUGGCCUCUUCCGCCAAGAAGGUGCUUCUGCAAAAGAUCGAGUUCGAGCCCGCCACCAAAGGUUUCUCAUACCAGCUGGACAGCCUGAGGAACAAGUAUGUGAUCCUCAAUCCCAGGAACGAGGGCGCCACUGGGCAGAAGGGGGCAGAGCCCCCCCAAAUAAAGAGACAAGUUUCAGAGAACCUGGUCGGAGGCCAGGGGGAUGGAAUCCCAGCACCACAGAAAAUGCUCUUCCCGACGAAUAAGCUGACCCUCAAAUGGGAGCGGGUGUACCGGGUAGGGGCCGGCCUCCAUAACCUGGGCAACACCUGCUUCCUCAACUCCACCGUGCAGUGUCUCACCUACACGCCGCCGCUCGCCAACUACCUGCUCUCCAAGGAGCACAGCCGCGUCUGCCACCCGUCAGGCUUUUGUAUGAUCUGCGUCAUGCAGAACCACAUCAUCCAGACGUUUGCCAACACCGGCAAUGCCAUCAAGCCAGUGUCCUUCAUCAGAGACCUAAAAAAAAUUGCCCGACACUUCCGCUUCGGUAGCCAGGAGGAUGCUCAUGAGUUCCUGCGGUACACCAUUGACGCCAUGCAGAAAGCCUGUCUUAAUGGCUACCCAAAGCUGGACAGGCAGACGCAGGCCACAACACUGGUUCACCAGAUUUUUGGAGGCUAUCUGCGAUCAAGAGUGAAAUGUUCCAUUUGCAAAAGUGUGUCUGACACCUACGACCCUUACCUGGACAUUGCUGUGGAGAUACGGCAAGCAGUAAACAUUGUGCGAGCCUUGGAGCUGUUUGUGAAACCUGACGUUCUGAGUGGAGAGAAUGCCUACAUGUGUGCCAAGUGCAAAAAGAAAGUGCCGGCAACCAAGCGCUUCACGGUCCAUCGAACAUCAAAUGUACUGACGCUUUCCCUGAAGCGGUUUGCUAACUUCAGUGGAGGGAAAAUAACAAAGGAUGUUGGAUAUCCAGAAUUCCUCAACAUCCGGCCCUACAUGUCUCAGAGUUCAGGUGAUCCUGUCAUGUAUGGCCUCUACGCCGUUCUGGUUCACUCCGGCUACAGCUGCCACGCUGGCCACUACUACUGCUAUGUCAAGGCAAGCAAUGGGCAAUGGUACCAAAUGAACGACUCCAUGGUGCACUCCAGCAACAUUAAAGUGGUGUUGAACCAGCAGGCUUAUGUGCUUUUCUACCUGAGGAUCCCUGAAAGUAAGAAGAAUGCAGAUGGGCAAACAGGCAAGCAGGGGAUGUUGCAUUCUGGAAAGAACAGCGCUUCAUCAGAGCAAAUAAAGCGGGUUCAUCUGAACGGACCUCUCUCCUCCCCACAGGUCACAAAGAAACUUGAGCCAGCACAAUUACGCAAGAUCCAGUCCAUGGACGGCGGUUUGGGCCUGCCGGUUGCUAGAAACGGUGUGAGCAGCGCUCCGCUGCAGCAGCAGCAGCAGCCCCGUCUAUCCAGCUGGACCUCAUCCUCCAACGGCGCCAAGCUGCCAGGCGGCCCCACGGUUAUCGAGGAACCUUUCAAGAAGCUGAAGAAGCCCUCUCCUCAGAGCCAAGUGCAGUCGCGCUGCAGCACACCAACCCCGUCCAACAAUGGCGUGGGCAGGACGGACGUGGACAAAAAGCAAGGCGGUGACGGCAGGGGCCUCACAGCGUCUACCUCAUUUAAAUCUCUGUCCGAUUCCUCCUCUGCCGACACCACCGAGUCAAAGGACAUCACGGGUCCCAAGAGUGCGCCAGCGGGAGAGGCCCCCUCCACUCCUCGCAAAGGUUCCAGCAACGUAGCGUCUCCCGCCAAGAGCGUGGAGGAGCAGAGGACGGUAAAGGUGAAGCCUCCGGCCCUCAACAACAUCACAUCCGAAGCCACCAGCAGCACCAUGUCACCACCGCCUGCCAAAAAGCUGGCGCUGUCGGCCAAGAAGGCUCUCAGUCGGAGUCCGAGCAGCAUUGAUGCUCCGCCCCCAUUGCCACGACAGCCGUCCGGAGACCCCACUCAUCAAACUCACACUAACCACCUCGCCGCUGCUCCGCCCACUCACGCUCACAGAACGGCUUCAUCCCAUCCCUCAAAAGUCCACUUGGCCCACUUUCAACAGCAGAGCCCGCAGAAACACACAGAAAACGCCAGCCGUUCACUCAAUGGAUUUCAUAGUCCCGCCCAAAAGAGCCCCAAGUCUUUACGUAGCCUCAGCGCCGAGCCCCCAAAAUCAAACAGCCUUGACAUCCAGAAGAGGAAGAAGAAAAAGAAGCGGCGCCACUCUGAGGUGGAAGUCGAUGCGGUUGCCGACACCCGGUUUGACCCGGUGGGGCCUGCCGACGAAAAAAAAGCAAAGAAGAAAAGGCGAAAGAGGGGGCACGAAGAAGAAGGAGGAGACAAUACUUCACAGAGAGAAUGUGUGGCUUCUCAUCUGCAGCAGCAGCAGGAGGAGGAAGAGGAAGAGGACUGGUGUCAGGGCGGCGUGUGGAGCCUCUCGACCCGUCACAAAGCAGAGGGGCUGCAACAAAAGCGAGAUUCAACGGCUGCAUCAGCGACGGUGUGCAAGAUAAAUCCAGCAGAUGAAGGGCUAGAGUGUGUGUCCAUGAAGAAGAAGAAGAAGAAGAAGAGGAAAAGGAAAAAGAUGACGCCGGAGGCUUUGCAGGAAACAUCAGGUGUUGCAUCACAAUGCAGUUGCGAGUCCAAGGCAGCUGUCGAUCCAAAAGAAACAGGGGAGAUGAUUGUGCUGAAAAAGAAAGCAAAGAAGAAGAAGAGGCUAAAAGAAGAGGUGAGACGCCACCAAGCGAGUCGGCCCAACGGUGAUCUUGACGCAGAGGAACCGCCUCCCAAGAAGAAUCCAGCAGAGGGUGAAAAGUCACACAAGCGAAGCACGGCAAAAGUGGUGGUUUGGGACAGUCACGUGCAGGACGGCUACAAGCGCUCUCAGGCGCCAGCGGCCGAUGCACGGGGUCCGCUCCCGGCCCAUGCCUCCUGGGACGGCAAAAAGACAAGCGACGUGGUGGCGGAGCUGCUCAGGAACGCCUCAGACAAAGCCUACGGCGCCAGCGUCCUCAGCUGGGAUGGCCAGCUCUCCGCUGUCAGUCGAGAUGCCAUUGAAGACGUGCGCUACGCCAGGUGUGACACCGUCAUCGAUGAGUGGGAUGAAGACUUUGACAGCGGGAAGGUGAAGAAAGUGAAAAGCCUGAAGAAGGAGAAAUGGCGAGGGGGCAGCAGCAUCUUCCAGAAGAUCCAGGAUCGGCGCAACAAGUGGUCGGUGACCCCGGCGGGGAAGAGAGUUUUUGGAGCACGUCGCUGAGAGUCCGGUUUUGCGAACUGGAGACAACACUUAAACCUCUUUUUAUUCUUUGUCUUGUUUUCACUUUUCCUGGAUCAUGAGCCAAUAGCAAACAACGGACUGUUUUACCUUCUGUUUCCCCUUCAGGCUUCUUCCUUUUCACCACCUCUGUGCCACCAGAUUCCUCUCAGUAAAAUAUCAAAUUCUAUGUAAGUGGCCUUCGCUUGGAAUGUUAUUACUCAACAGAAUAACUUUUUUUUUCUAUAUUAUUUUUCAAAUUUUUAUACCUUUUUAUCUGCAGCUUUUUUAUGUUGCAGUGCCAGGUGGCUCGUUUUUAAGGACCAAUUUUUCUUUUGCUCCAGAUCCAAGGUGCCGCCGUUAUUUCAUUAUGCAUGUUUGCUUUGUUUUUCUAUUUUUGUAGCUAUCUACAGUAAGAAAAACUGCACUUUUUGGGUUAUUUUCACAUCCACAAUCCUUAUGCGUUCUAAAGAGAGAAAAUCGGCCAGCAUGAGGGAGUUGAGAAUGCACGUGAUGGGACGCCUCCAUUUUGACUAGAAAGCCCGCUAAAAAAACCCUCCAUAUGACUUUGUAUCCAUGCUGUGACCAUGCAGUAACAGGCACGUGAUGAUAGCAUGUAAUACUUCCAGUAUUUUGGUCAUUUUAAACAUAACUGGUGUGCAUUGAUUUCAGAGAGCCCACAGCAACAAACGCUACUUCCGUCAACGAGUGCCUGUUUGCUGCUACUAAUCAUGGCGGACUUCGUGAGAGCUGCCGCCGCCGCCACAGACUGCUUUUGGACAAGUGAGGGUCCAGGAUCUUUUUGAGCCUGAAUGUAUGGGGGAGGAGCUACAGGUUUUAGAAUCGGAGGGGGCGUGACUUGAUGGCGUAAAUGUGGCGCUUGCAAAUGGAGGGGCAUACAGCGUUAUCGUGGAUGCAAAAGCUUGGUGUGUAUGGCGAGGAGGACACUGCUCCAAGAGACUGCAUCACAACCGCCGAAGAAUUGUGAGCGCGAACAAACCCUGCAGUGGUGGAAACCUUCAAAUGGAAAAAGACGCCCCAGGCCAGCUGGCCACGGUGUAAGUAGCCAUGGUAUCACAACACAGUCCAUCUAGCCGUGUAGAAAGGUUGUCCAGUCGUAGAUGUUCAUGUGCUUGUUCUUGUUUCCCAGUCAGUACAGAUUGGUGUCCUACGGCGUUGUUUUGGGUUGGACCCGUUACCUCUCGGUAGUGGCGCGAGGCGCUCUGUACCUACGCCAGAAAAGUAGUUCUUCUUCCAUGUUGGCGCCUACAGUAUCAGAUGUCGCUAUAGUUGGUCAACAUGCAGGUCAGUUAUGUAACGGGAACAUUGUUGGCGUUUUGGUGAGUUUUUUUCUAGUCGAAAUAGGCGUGUCCCAUGACGUGCAUUGUUAGAGCCCGCAUGCCAGCUGGUUUUCCUCUCUUGGGAACCCACAGAAAAGGGAAAGAUGUGUGUGUUCAGGUUAAGAUUGUGGACAAAAUUCCCCCCCAAAAGUGCAGUUCUCCUUUCGUGAUAAAAGCCACUCUUCUGGUUGGUCCGCAAUUACUGGUUCACUUUGUUCAAGGUCAGAUUUCACCAUGGAUCAGCAGCUGCUGCGUUGAAGAAGCUUGGAUGUGAUUAUUGCUAACCUCACUACUCACUCUUCAAUGGUUCAAUUCUUUCCUGUGCCCCCUCAGUCUUACUUAUGCAGCUAUGCAAUCUUUUCUGCUGGUCCCCUCCAAAACUGGGCUGAGACUCAGGAAGCCGCACAUCCCCAACAACGCCGUCAUCAUGUGACCCCCUUGCCCCCCCUUCCCAUGUUGCAUCCUGUACAAACUGGUUUAUACGUGCAUCUGCUGCGUGGGAUCAUCUGGAAUCAGCCAAGUGUACAGUCCAUCAGACGCUGUAAAGAUUUGCACGCGUACUUCUUUCCAUUCUCUAGAGACGUUGCCUUCAAUUGGCUGUAAAAACAAUAAAAUAAAGUGGUGUUCUAUAAAUAUAUCAUAAAAAGCUAAAUGUGCUACUAUUACUCUGAUCAACUAGUGGGUGUUUUUGUCUGUUUGCGUGGUACUGCAGACAGGACGCGCUGUUCUAUCCCCAAACCCCCCCAAAAAACAGACACCAAGGAGGAACAUUUAGCAGGGUGAAUGGAUGCUUCUCCACAGGUUUGCACCGCCUUUUCUCACCAGGGCAGCUUUCAUAAUGAAAGUGGAUCCUUCCGGCGCUGUAGUUGAAUAGAAAGGUGCAAUAAAGUUGUGACUUUUGUGA